UCGUGUCGCGGCGUAACGUGUAUUUCCUGUGCGGACGUGUAGUUCUUUCGAAGGACCGGUCAUGAUCGGAAGGUGGUACUUGCACUGCAUGAAGGUUCGGCCCUGGACGACGCAAGGAAUUACAACUGGAAUCAUAAUGGGCUCAGGAGACAUAAUUAGUCAAACAAUUAUAGAGAAAAAGCAAUUUAAAAAAAUUGAAAUGAUUAGAGUAGCAAGAUUUACAUUCCUUGGCACUUUCAUGGUUGGUCCAGUAUUGAAAACAUGGUAUACUGUUUUAGAAAAAUUUGUUGGUGUUAAAGGAGCUACUAGUGGAUUGAAAAAGAUGUUAUUAGAUCAGGUAAUUAAACUAAAUAAUUGUAUUAAAUGUGAAAAUAAAAUGAAAUAAAACUCUUGUGUUCACAAUAACAAAAAUAUGAAAAUAAUUUUUUUUUGAAGGAAUAAUGCAUACUCCCACUUUUUCAUCUUCAUUCCAUGAAUCUUUAUCAUUCUCUGUUACACAAAAUUUUUGUGAAUUGCAGAGUUUACACUAUAUAUAACACUAGCUGUUACCCACGGCUUUGCCUGCGAGGAUUUUUCAA